GCCGGAGCGUCGUCAAUGGGAAGGGAACGCCGCGUUGGAAAAAGCGCACACUGUUUAGCCAACUUUCAACUGCAUCAUGGUUUGCACCUCAGUUUCGUGUUUGUGGACUAUAUUUUGCCUUCAUUUAUGUUUUUAUGUGAACACUGGAAUAGCACAGAACACAAGAGAGGUGAUCCUGCUGGAUUCAAAGGCGCAGCAGACAGAGCUGGAAUGGAUAUCGUCUCCUCCAAGCGGGUGGGAAGAGAUCAGUGGCUUGGAUGAAAACUACACACCCAUUCGCACAUACCAGGUCUGCCAGGUCAUGGAGCCAAAUCAGAACAAUUGGCUACGGACUAACUGGAUUGAGAAGGGCGAUGCCCAGAGGAUUUUUGUGGAGCUGAAGUUUACCUUGAGGGAUUGUAACAGCCUUCCAGGGGUGGUAGGCUCUUGCAAGGAGACGUUCAACUUGUACUACCAGGAAACCGACGUGGAGGUGGGCAGGAAUAUAAGGGAGAGCCAGUAUGUGAAAAUUGACACUAUAGCCGCGGACGAGAGCUUCACUCAGGGUGACCUGGGGGAAAGAAAGAUGAAGCUGAACACUGAGGUGCGUAUAAUCGGGCCCCUCUCCCGCCGAGGCUUCUACCUGGCCUUUCAGGAUGUAGGUGCCUGCAUCGCUUUGGUCUCCGUCAAAGUGUAUUACAAGAAGUGUUGGUCGAUUAUUGAGAACCUGGCCACGUUCCCAGACACGGUGACGGGAUCGGAGUUUUCGUCGCUGGUGGAAGUGGAGGGCACAUGCGUCAGUGACGCAGAAGAGGAGGCCGACAACUCUCCCAAAAUGCACUGCAGCGCAGAAGGAGAGUGGCUGGUACCCAUUGGGAAAUGUAUAUGCAAAGCUGGAUUUCACCAGAAGGGAGACGCGUGUGAACCCUGUGGUCGUGGAUUCUACAAGUCUUCAUCUCAGGAUCUUCAGUGUUCCCGUUGUCCCGCACACAGUUAUAACGACAGAGAGGGCUCAUGGAGAUGUGACUGCGAGGACGGCUACUACAGAGCCCUCUCCGACCCCCCAUCUGUCGCCUGCACUAGGCCACCCUCAGCUCCUCAGAACCUGCUUUACAACAUCAACCACACUACCGUCAGCCUAGAGUGGACCCCGCCGGCCGACACGGGCGGUCGUAACGACGUGACGUACCGGAUUAUAUGCCGCCGCUGCACCUGGGAGCCCGAAGAGUGCUUUCCUUGCGGGAGCAACGUUGGCUUCUUGCCACAGCAGAGUGGAUUAACGGACACCUACGUCACCAUCACCGACCUGUUAGCUCACGCGAACUACACCUUCGAGGUGGAGGCCGUGAACGGCGUGUCCGACCUCAGCCGUACCCAGCGACUGUUCGCAGCCGUCAGCAUCGCGACCAGCCAAGCAGCCCCAUCUCAAGUGAGCGAGGUGAUAAAGGAGCGAGUUCAGCAGCACAGUGUUCAGCUCUCCUGGCAGGAACCAGAGCAGCCCAAUGGCGUCAUCACCGAAUACGAGAUCAAGUACUAUGAGAAAGACCAGAAGGAUCGCAUUUACUCCACCGUGAAGUCAAAGUCGACUUCAGCCACAGUCAAUAAUCUGAAGCCAAGCACAGUGUACAUCUUUCAGAUCCGAGCGUUCACCGCCGCGGGAUACGGCACCUUCGGUCCCAGAGUAGAGGUCACCACCAAGGAAGAAUCCACUGGAUCUGGUGAGCAAAAUACUACAGUCAUAUCGAGUGAGCAGAAUCCAGUCAUCAUCAUUGCGGUGGUGGCGGUAGCCGGUACCAUCAUCCUGGUCUUCAUGGUGUUCGGUUUCAUCAUAGGGAGAAGACACUGCGGCUACAGUAAGGCGGAUCAGGAAGGGGACGAGGAGCUCUACUUUCAAUUUAAAUUUCCAGGCACCAAAACCUACAUUGACCCCGAAACCUACGAGGACCCGAACAGGGCUGUCCAUCAGUUCGCCAAGGAGCUGGAUGCGUCUUGCAUCAAGAUUGAGAGGGUUAUCGGCGCAGGAGAGUUUGGAGAGGUGUGCAGCGGACGACUCAAGCUGCCGGGAAAGAGGGACGUGUCGGUGGCCAUAAAAACGCUGAAAGUAGGCUACACUGAAAAACAAAGACGGGACUUCCUGUGCGAGGCCAGCAUAAUGGGACAGUUUGAUCAUCCGAACGUGGUCCAUCUGGAGGGUGUCGUCACCAGAGGAAAACCAGUCAUGAUAGUAAUUGAAUACAUGGAAAAUGGCUCAUUAGAUGCAUUCCUCAGGAAACAUGAUGGGCAGUUCACUGUGAUUCAGUUGGUGGGGAUGCUGCGCGGCAUCGCGGCCGGCAUGAGAUACCUCUCAGACAUGGGCUACGUCCAUCGCGAUCUGGCGGCGCGAAACAUCCUUGUCAACAGCAAUCUCGUAUGUAAAGUGUCUGACUUCGGCCUGUCCAGAGUGAUUGACGACGAUCCCGAAGCUGUCUACACGACGACGGGUGGAAAGAUCCCAGUUCGGUGGACAGCCAUGGAAGCCAUCCAGUAUCGGAAAUUCACAUCAGCUAGUGAUGUAUGGAGCUACGGGAUUGUCAUGUGGGAGGUCAUGUCCUAUGGAGAACGACCUUACUGGGACAUGUCCAAUCAAGAUGUCAUAAAGGCUAUAGAGGAGGGAUAUCGUCUUCCCGCCCCCAUGGACUGCCCUCCUGGCCUCCAUCAGCUCAUGUUGGACUGCUGGCAGAAAGACCGAGCAGACCGGCCCAAAUUCGACCAGAUCGUCGGCAUCCUGGAUAAAAUGAUCCGCAAUCCUAACACCUUAAAAACGCCAAUGGGAACGUGUACGCGACCCAUAAGCCCACUGCUUGACCAGAACACUCCAGAUUUCACCUCUUUCCGAUUGGUCAGUGAGUGGUUGGAAGCCAUCAAGAUGGAGAGAUACGUGGACAACUUCACAGCUGCCGGCUACAGCUCGCUCGAAUCUGUCGCUAGAAUGACUAUCGAGGAUGUAAUGAGUUUGGGAAUCUCCUUGGUGGGCCAUCAGAAGAAGAUCAUGAGCAGUAUACAGACUAUGAGAGCCCAGAUGCUGCACCUUCACGGGACGGGCGUUCAAGUGUGAUGGGGGGGGGCGUCCGCAGCCCUUACCGGUCGGAUGAAUCAGAACUCUCCAGGACAGCACCGCAAUACGUGUGUGACAGCAAAAAAACAUGACAAAACAAAUCAACAACAAAGAAAAAACGUUCCGCACCCUUGCGGUGAGAUUAACCUUCCAGAACUGGCAGAACAGAAUCAUUCCUUUGUUACUGGCGAAGGAUUUUGAUGAAGGUGCUGGAAACCAAGAGACGGAGAGAUGUGGAAACGAGACAGUGACCUCUGGAUGCUCUAAAGAACUCAUCGCUUCAUUGAGGUGGAGCAUUCGAGAGGGUUUUUAUGAUUUGUACGGACCGUCUUUAUCGUCAAAAAAAGGUUGAUUUGCUCAUAGUUGCUAUAGAUUUCACUGAUUUCUUUUUUUUAAAAUCAAGGGUGAAUAUAAAAAUAAGCAAAUCCAGUUCAUAAGGAGCGAAUUUGCAGCGUUUGCUUUGGUUUGUAAUACCCGCAUUAAGCCAAUGUGGGACGUUACUCUUCUACUCGAUUGAUUUGUGUUAGCUUGUUUUCUCGGAUUGUGUUACGGAACUGACAACAGGGUAAAACGUCUCAUCUGGAAGGAAAGAGACAGAACCAGAGGCUGAGUACUAGUUCUCCAGCCAGCACUAUUUACAUGAAGCUCUCUCCAGACUGAAGCAUUGGCAGAGAGUCGGGCCGACCCGGCCUUUUAUAUCAAGCAGAAAUAUCCCACCGCUUGGUUUCGAGAAGCUCCCGAGAGCGGCUGGUUGUGUUUAAGAACACGGUUAGGUAUAUUUUACGAUCCUACAAGACAAUUCAGAUGUGAAUUAGUACAAAGAGAAUUGCAACCACUUCAGGUGGAGUUUUUUUUAAUGUAAGAACAACUAUUACGGUGGCAAUAUUCUUUAUAAGUUUAUAUUUACCACAUGAAUGGAUUUAUCAGUGCUGUUGUUGAAUGUGUAAACUUUUUAAUAUUGAUAUUAUUUACCAUAAAUACAUGUUUCCAUAAAGACAAAAAUGGAAAAAAAAAAAAAAAAAAAGUUAGGCUAUUUUAAUUUAAGCAACAGUUUCAUUUUGGUUUAGUAUCAGUUGGUUUCCUAGCAGGUGACUGACUUUAAAAUCAUACAAAAUGUUGUGGUGUAAAGGAGUAAUACUGCCUUAAAACAAGUCAACUAUUGCUCUUAUUUUUAGCAGCUUAGAUUCUUUGUGAGAUCACGGCCGAGUUGGGGAGAGACUGACCAAUAUGAGCAAUAAUUUGAGGUGCUGUAUAGACUUUUACUCACGUACCGCUUGGAAAUCAACAGCGGUGCUGUGAAGUUUGAUCAAAGAGAGUUGGUGAAUUUACAUGCGAGGAUCUCUCGUGUUUCUUCCACCCUUUUGUUGUGCUGAGCUCAAAUGUGAUGAGGUUUACGCUCAAGUUUUAGUGCCAUAACAGCCUUCCACUCUCAACUGAAUGUUUCGUUGACGACUCAAUGUUACGCAUCUUUAAGGAGUACUGUAGACCUUUUUAGGCUUGAUUUGAAUGGGCUUGCCACAGAACUUGUUUUAUUUACUACGAAACCUUAAUGUGACACAUUCUAAACACACACAACAUGCUUUUCAUUAUUUUGGGGAGCCAACGCCAUCGUAACCGCAACAGCCGUGCCAAGACGUGGCAUUUUUCUUGAUUAGAAAGAAAGCAUGUUUGGACGUCGCCGGAGGAUUUAGCCAAACGUUUGGCGCUUCAUCGUUUACCGUGCCGUCUCCAUCGUGAGCCCAGCUGCUUUGUCUCAUGCGGAUCAUAUCGUAGGCUGGUUAGAGGCCCAUCUCGGAUCUGCUAUCCUUCCAUCUCGCUAACCUCAGCAUUGAGCCCACGCCAGGCCUUUGAAUUGAAUGCGAGCGGAAAGGCUCUCGGUCAGCACAAACCUCCCAAGCUUGGGCAGUAGCUGCAGUCACUCAGAUCAGCCUCCCCGCACGCUCUGAUCUCACACUCGGGCCUCCCGGAGGCCCCUCGCAGGCCCUUACCCUCUCCGUUCGGAUCCGGGGCCCCUGUAGAGACAGCAAUUUGAGCCAAUUUGAGAUUAACGCCUGGAUUCAAUCAAUCCCACAUUGAGGCCACCGUACGGGUCAAUGACAAAUCUGUCAAUUUUGUCUCCUUUUCUGCUUUGUGCCGUUUCUAACUUUUCUGGUUUGAUGGUAGCGGAGUUUUCGGUCAAGACGGUUUGUGCUGUGGAUUGAUUGAGUUCACGGUGCAGCAGGGUAUUAAAGACGCCAGAGAG